AUGUCGUUGCGAUCCGAGUCAAACGCUUGCACUGCCUGCGCAAGAGCAAAGCGGAAAUGCGGUCGCCAGAUCCCAGCUUGCGCUCGAUGCGCGGACAAGCGCAAGCCGUGCAUCUAUCCGCCAUCAAAGAAGCAGACAGUUUCUUCAUAUCGACACUUGUUAUCCGAUGUGCCAGUGCUGAGAGGAGAGGAUACGUCGUUCGCCGAAAGCCCAGUCAGUACAUCGCAUGUCAAUGCGAGCCUCUACACCAUCGACAAUCUCUUGUGGGACGUGGGAUUACCGUCCCUUGGCAGUAACAUCGACGCACCGGAGUCUCAGAUCCGAAUCCCCAGCGCAAUGAAGACCGAUUGGUUUCUUGCACCGGAGACGUGGACGAUAUCCCGCAGAUCGACAAAUUCAGACGAUGUACCUAUCGGCACAGCAGCAAUGAAGAAGUACGUGACGGUACUGCAGUCUUGGUUCAAAAGCUGGGUCACGACUGGUAGCAAUCCCUUUGUACACUCCUGCUUGUACGGUGUGAACUUCCCAGCAUGCGUACAAGUCGCGUAUGCAACCCUAGCUAGUUAUGUGUAUCGGACACCUGCGAAUGCAGAAAUUGUCCUCCGCAUAGUGGAAGAUCGAUCGAACGACUUGUUACGGGAGAAUGGGACCGUUUUGGAUCAAACUACUGCAGGGAAGUGGGUCGAUGUUGCAGGUCGUGAUGAUGAUCUAUGGGGGCAAUUGGCACGUCUUCAUGCCCUUUUAGUCUACCAGAUGAUCGGUCUCUUCGAUGGUGACGUCCGCGCCCGUCAUGUCGCUGAAGGGCAUAUGGCGAUACAGGAUAGCUGGGCUGGAAAACUCUUCUCCACUGCCAGAACCGCAUUGUCGAGCGAACAAGACAGUAUCGCUCAUCUCGCCAACUGCCUACCCAAGCUGUCUACUUACCUACAGCAACAGUGGUACUUGUGGAUACUGUCAGAAAGUAUCCGUCGCACCUGGCUCGUGGCCGUCAGUCUAUCGCCCGUCUUCUCGGUCCUCCAGCAGCGCUGGGGAACCUGUCCUGGUGGCAUCAUGUACACCAAUCGAAGUGGUCUUUGGGAUGCUACGAGCGCUGGGGAGUGGGAAAGACAGUGUUUGGAGAAGAAUGUGGCCUUCCUACAGCGCUUCGAGUGUGCAAGGCUUUUUCACUAUGCGAAACCAGCUGAUGUUGAUGAGUUUGGCAUCGCGAUGCUCGAGAUGACUUUCAGCGGGGACUCACUGGAGAACUGGAGGGAUAGAACUGGCGGCUUGUAG